GAGUCCACUGCUGCAACUCCAUACUCAACAGCACCAACCAAGAUGAGACCAUGCAAGUUCUUCGCACUUGGAACCUGCCGGAAUGGAAACAAUUGCACCUACGACCAUGAAACAACGACAAGCACCCAGAAUCACUUUGGACCCCAGGACCAAGUGAAUGAUGACGAUUUCGUUCGGGAUCUUCUAGGAGCAUCAGUGUACUUCAAUGAAUUCGGACAGAUUCUCAAGGUAUCCUUCCCGACAGAUUACUCUCUUGCAUGCAUUACGGGCCUUGCGCCGGGAGUCACCCCUGAGACAAUCGUCGAUAUCCUUCGUGGGCUAGGUUUCAACGUAGACGUCUCCUGCGUUCGCAUUUCCAAGGACACUGCAUUGUCGGAAACAAAAGCCACCGUGAAAGUCGAAGACCCGUCGUUUGCCCAAGAGUUAAGCACCAGGACCAAGAAUCAGGGGUCGACCCUCAGUGCAGUGCCAGUUGCAAUUGAUACCAGGCGGACGAAUUGCAGAAAAGUCCACAUCUCAUGGCACAAAGCCACUCGAAGCGUGUGGCUGAAUUUCGGCAACGGUGAGAUAGCGGCGAGGGUUGGGAGGAAAUUCAAUGAAGGUAGGUAUAAAUGUCUAGACCAGCUUGUCAAAUCAUCUACAAGGAGGAGUAGCCAGGGUCGGGGAUAUUCGCACAACCCUGUGGCUUGGACGGUUACGUUGAGCGAUGUGUUCGGCGAUGCGACUACCAAAGAUGUUGAAAGUGCCAUCAUAUCACAACACGAUAAACCACGGCACGUUGAAAUGGGAUCCAUUAGCUACCGAGCUUCCGAUGGGGAAGUCAGCGUUGAAGUUCGCUCGCAAUUAGAAGAGCAUGGCCCGCUCGAGAGCUUCCAUCUCGCAUCCUCGUCCAAAGGGAAGCGAGUCAAAGCCACAGCUUGGUUCCAAGAUGAAGCAGACGCUAGGUCGGCAUGUUCACUGAACAACGCACCGCUUGACAUCCUCAGGAAGGGUAAACUGACCGUAACACCAAUUCAAACGGCCAAAGUAAAGGUUGUUACGAAAGUCUACUUUGCCUUGAAGAGUAGAAUCGAUGAAGAAAGCAAGACAUGGAAAGAACGGCAUUUGGCGUUUCAUGUCUACCAUGACUCUGCAAAACGGUUCACGACAUUGAAGAUUGAAGGUGAUAAUCCGAAAGACGUGGCCAAUACGCGCAAAAUACUUGACAGAAUUGUGAGUGGAGCUGUCCUGAUGGAUGGCGAAAACGUGGUGUGGAGUUCAGCACUCAGCAGUAAUGGAAGCACGUAUGAGAAUGUCAAGUCAAUCGAAAAAGAACUCAACAUAGCCCUUAUCAGAGACAAGCCAAAGCGCCAGGUUCGAUUUUACGGGUCUCCUGAGAAGUUUGAGCAAGCGGUUUGUCGAAUCAGCGACAUGCUCAAAGACGAACCUUCCAUGAGCUACGAAGUCGAUCUGAAGCCGCAUCAAUUCGCUUGGGCGAUUCAUAGCGGGUUCAAGAGCAUCGAACAGGCAUUAGGGAAGAACGUCGCUGUUUUCAACGUGGUCUUGAGGAGGAUCGCUAUCAAUGGCACGCAACAACAAUACGAAACUGCCUUGUCAAUCAUGCACGACAAGCGCCCUCUAAGUACUCGUCCUCCCUCGGACGCCCCGUCUAAGCCAGAAGGAGAUUGCCCAAUCUGCUUCUGCGAAGCCGAAAGCCCCAUCCAAACAUCUUGUAAACACACAUACUGCCUCGAGUGCUUCGAAGAAUGCUGCAAAUCCGCCGCCUCGACCAGCAACCACGACUUUGCAAUCCGGUGCCAGGGCGACGAAGGAACCUGCCCAACCGUAUUCCCUCUCCGCGAACUGAAAGACCACCUCUCCUCCUCCGUCUUCGAAACCGUCCUCGAGUGCUCCUUCAAAGGCUACAUCCAACGCCAUCCGGACGCCUUCCACUACUGCUCAACCCCAGACUGCGGCUACAUCUACCGCUGCACAGCACCGGGCUCGAAGCCGCCCCCAGCAUACACCUGCCCCAACUGCUUCGAACCGCUCUGCACAUCCUGCCACGCGCGCCAUGGCGACUACACGUGCGCAGAGUACAAAGACAUGCAAUCCGGCGGCUACGAGGCGCUCGAGAAGCUGAAGAGGGAACUCAACAUCAAGGACUGUCCGAAGUGCACGACGCCGAUGGAGAAGACGGAGGGGUGCAAUCAUAUGACUUGCGGGGGCUGCAGGGCGCAUAUCUGCUGGGUGUGCAUGGCGGUUUUCGAGACGAGCGGGGAUUGCUAUGGCCAUAUGAAUAGGAAGCAUGGUGGUAUCGGGCUUGGGCUGGAAGGUUUUAUGGAUUGAUAGAG